GGCGCGCGGGGAGGGCGGGGGCGCGCGCGGCGCUGGUGGCGGUGCUCGCAGAGCUCGCAGUGCUUGCACUGCUUGCACGCGCCGUGCUGCUCGGAGCGCGGCAGCAGCGCAGCACAGCAGCGCGGAGCACCGGCGCGCACGGCGAUGCCCGCUCCGCUCCCUGCGCUGGCCGCCCCUUGAAGCCAACCCUCUCUUUCUCCUCCUCCGUUCUCCGGCUCUCCCCCCCUUUCCCCAUUUCCCCCCCCCUCCCCCUCCCUUUCCUCCCCAAACCCCUUCUUUUUUUUUUUUUUUUUUUUUUUUUUUUUUGCCUUUUGGAGCCUAUUUUUUAUAUACAUAUAUAUAUUUUUAACCUAUUAUUUUGGAUUUGCACACACACACACAAACAAACAACAACAACAACAAAAACCAAACCACCACCACCACCAAAUCGACCCAAAAGCCCUCCGCACGCCCUCCCGGUUUGCACCGUGUGGAUGCGGCCCGGGCUGCGUGGCGAGAGCAGAUGCUGAGGGGCCGCAGGAGGAGGAUGGAGUGCACCCUCGAUGCGCAGAGUUUGAUCAGUAUUUCCCUGCGGAAGAUCCACAGCUCCCGCACUCAGCGAGGCGGCAUCAAGCUUCACAAGAACCUGCUCGUCUCCUAUGUGCUCCGCAACGCCCGCCAGCUCUACCUGAGCGAACGCUACGCCGAGCUCUACCGCCGCCAGCAGCACUACCCCGACGGAGCCCCGCUGCUCGCCGUUCCCCCUCCCUGCCCUCCUCCGCCGCCCUCCGCCCCUCCAGAGAUGCCCCCCCUGCCCGGCGAUCCCCACGAGCGCGACGUUCGGAGCUGCGCGGCGCUGCGGGGCGGCGCGGAACCGGGGCCGGAGGUACCGCUGUGCUCCGCCGCCCCCGAACUGCAGCACAGAGCGCCGUGCAGAGACUCCGCGGGGUUCUACCGAGCGGCCCCCGCCGGGCACGGAGCGGGACACGGUGCCGGGGCGGCCCCCCCUUACGCCGCCGCUUCCUCCGGUUGUGACUUUGGGAGCGGAGGAGGAACGCAGCAGCACUGUAGCAGCCGCACCACGGUGCUGGAUUUGGACACGCACGUCGUGACCACGGUGGAGAACGGUUACCUGCACCAGGAGUGCUGCUCGCAGUGCCCGUGCUGCUGCCAACCCGCGGCUCCGGGGCCCCCCUCCCCGCCGCCCCCGCCGGGCGCUAAGCGCAAGUAUUACCCGGGCCAGGAGGAAGAGGAGGGGGUGGAGGAAGGGGAGCCGGGGGGAGGCGGGGUGGCGGGCGGCCCCCAAUUCGCCCCGUGCACCAAACGCGCCCGCUUCGAGGAGUACGGCAGCGCCGAACACCCGCAGGACUCUUCCAACAUCUCCAACUUGAUCUCCAUCUUCGGCUCCGGUUUCACGGGGUUGGUGAGCCGGCAGCAGGCGGACUCGGAGCAGCCCCUCAACGGGCAGCUGUGCGGCAAGCAGGCGCUGGCCAGCCUGGGGGCCUGGACUCGGGCCAUCGUCGCGUUUUAGAGCUGAGAGGGGAGCGGAGGGAGAGACGGGGGUGCGGGGGGGGGG